AUGUUACUGUGCCUAAAAAUCGCCAUAGUCGCUCUUUUGAGCGGUAUAGCUGUUGAAGGAUAUGGUCUAAGAUACAGUCAUAGGCGUCGAGGCUCUCAUGAUAGAAAGCAUUUUCAGCUUGAAAGUCUCGGCCGCAAUGGACCUCGUCGCGAUUACGGCUCAAAUGGCAAGCAUGGGCAUUUUCAUUUUUAUAGACAUCCUUACUACAGACGAACUACAUUUCUCGAAGAGUUAAGAAGACAAUGGUCCUAUUCUGAAGAAUCAAGUGAAUCGGACUCUGGAUAUAGCAGUGAGAUUAAUGAGUUUGAUUCACCUGAAAAUAGCGACUGGUAUCUGCCGAAGCGUCAUCCUAGUAGGCUCUGGAGAUAUCGUAUUAGUACACAAGACAAAAAUCAAGAACAUCAAACUUCAUGGACCAGGCCACCGUGUUCAAGAAAAACUACACAAGAGUUACCUAUUACGCCUCACACUGAAAAAUGGAAUUCUAUACAUAUGUUAGAGUCAUCACCUCAGUCAGAAGCUGUUACCACUCCUAUGUCAAUUCCUGACGUUACUAUGCCUUUUAAAACUGAAUUUAUUAUGAGUAGAUUAGCGCCGAUCGAAGAAGUAUCAUUUUUUCUAACCACUGCUACUCCAGAAACAAGUCAGAAUACAAUGAGUUCUCCAGAAAUAAGUCUGACUACAAUGGAUUCUCCAGAAAUAAGUCCGACUACAAUGAGUUCUCCAGAAACAACUACUGUUUCUCAAGCUGUUAUAGACUGUAUAGAUAAUUGUAUAUCAACACCUGAGUUUAACCCAGUAUGUGGUACUAAUGAUGAGACCUAUGACAAUAUCGGCAAGUUAUUUUGCGCUAAAAGCUGUGGAAUCGAUGUUGAACUGAGACGAAUGUCAAGAUGUUGGCCCCUUUUACCAUUUGCCGACGAUUAUGACGAUGAUGAAGACAAUGAUAAUAGCACUGACAGGGACGUUGACAGACGCGGUAAUAUUGGCAAUGAAGGCAGCGGUAAUGAUUAUGGUGAUGAAAGCGAUAACAGGAGUGAGCGAUUACCGCCAUCAAGUGAUGACCCUUCACCGCCACCGCACUUUGAGCAAUCGCCACCCCAUUUUAAUAUACCAAUACCACUAAGAAAUAAUCCAUCCUCAUCACUAGACGAUGAGCCAUCGCCCUCACCGGGCGGUGAACCAUUAAAUUCUUUAAGCAGUGAUUCAUCUUUAUCACUAUUUAGUGAUUUGUCACCGUCUCCGAGAGCAAAAUCAUUGUCAUCAGACGAUAAAAUGUCGCCUCCUUUAGGUGGUAAUAGCAAUGUAGUUGUCACUACGGGCAGUGUCAAUUUUGUAUCUUCAUCCACUACACCAAGUGCACCAAGAUUCAGACGGACCACACACCUGUCGGAUCUCCAGAAAUGCAUGAAACUUUGUCCCGUCACUACUGCUUACUACCCUAUCUGCGGGACCGAUCUUGUCACCUAUAUAAACAACGACCGUAUAGAGUGUGCUAGACGUUGCGGACUAGAGGUUCAAAUUUUAUGCGAGCAACCCUGUCAUCUGUGUAAUGUGGGAAGACAAACACUGGCAUCUUCAACGAUGACAUCAUUGCUAACUACAACGCCACCAACAACGCCAUUAACAGUACAUGCUGCAACCACUAGAAGAAAUAUUGUCAAUGCUGCCCCAAUGACAUUAAUAGAACAGUGUGUUAAGUCAUGUCCGGUCACACCAGAGUACAACCCUGUUUGUGGAACAAACAACGUCAAUUACAUGAAUCCUGUACACCUACUUUGUGUGCAAAUGUGUGGAGAUGAUGUAAAAAUUGCAAGGUUUGGACCAUGCCCUUCUGAAAAUCGUAUGGAAACUCCAACUGUCACCACUGAACAAGACGUGGAAGAGGUAACCUUAUCACAGGAGGUAAUAGAAUGUACUAAACGUUGUAUCUCGACAUCCGAAUAUAAUCCUGUUUGUGGAACAAAUGAAGAGACCUAUACUAAUCCUGGAAAACUAGAAUGUGCUAAAUUUUGCGGAAUUGACGUGAAACUGAGUUACAAGGGAUUCUGCAACGGAUUCUUCUUUUCGGAUUUCACAUUUGCUAAUCCAGCGGGCGAGAGAGCAAUGGGGGGCCAAGCAACGGCAUUUCGGGAAAUUCUACAACCUACAUCCCUAUCAACAGGGCUCCCUUUGAGAACAUCAACAUUAACUUCAUUUGAAACUAUACCAACAACAACGCCAAAUCAGUCAACUAAAUCGACAACUCCUUGGUUUUUGCCACUUGUAUAUUCGCCACCACCCUCGUCAACGUUUGCGAAUACCCCUUCAACCACAGCUUCGACUCCAAUCACUACAACAAGUGAAUCUCUUAACUCAACAAGCUUAACCUUAGCACCAGAUGUGCUGAUCUCUAUUUUUGGAAAUGCGUCUCUAAAAACCACUAUAGAUAUUACUACGAAAGAAAACAAGGUUAGAAUAGAUCCUAGAUUCGGAAAUGAAGAUGACAAUGUUCCAUUUAAAAGACCAUGCGAGGACAUGUCGCCAGAAUGUUUGAAGAAUUCUCUUCAAGCAGCUUUACCACUUUUUGCCAACGGUGAUCAAGAUUUGGGUUUGGAAGCUUUAGAUCCUUAUAUACUUGAAGAAUUAAAUCUCACGCUCUCUGGAAUUACAAUUCAUUUUAGCAAAGGCUAUGCAAAGGGUCUGAAGUCAUGCAUCGUUGAUUUCGCAAGGUACGUAGAUAACACUUUGGAGACACAAGUUCAUUGUAAUCUAACGAUUCUGGGGAAUUACCGAUCAUCCGGUUCAUUACUUGUCUUCCCAAUAAACGAUAAUUUGAAGAUACACAGUAUCCUUAAAUUUGGAUCAAAAGUGAUAAACGGCCGAACAUACUUGGAUGUCAAGAGUGGCGUUGUAAAACAUGCUUACGACGGUAGAGUUACCUAUGCGAUGACUAAUCUUUUUAAGGGAAGUCCCGAAAUGAGUCAAGCUGUCUUGGAUUUCAUGAAUAGUAACUGGAAGUUGGUAGCCGAAGAAUUUGGAACACCUUUAGUGGAGUACGGUGUAAAAUCUAUCAUGAAAAAUGUGCGACGGUUCCUUGAAGUGAUAUCAUUAGAAGAAUUAAAACAAUUGUGA